AUGAUACGAGCUUACAAUCCUCGCGACAACAAUAGAAGAAAUAACUAUCGAAACGAUGUCAACAGAAGAGGUGGAAGUCCAAUAAGAAGGAGAAGUCCGCCCAGAAGAGGGAGAUCUCCUCCACCACCUGUAAGACGCGAUUUUGACAGAAGAAACUUUGAUCACAGACGAAGGGAUGUGCCAGUAGUGUAAGUUUUGGUAUUUCUGUAUUUUUUUUGGGAUUAUUUUGAGGACACGUGUUCGAUAAAAUUGUCUUCGAGUUAUUCGUUUGACCUUAAUUAGUUCUGUCAAUAUAGAGGGCUAGAAAUACUGUCUAUGGAUGCAUUGUUUUUAGACGACGACCAGCCAAAAUCGAUCCAAGAAAGUAUCUUCCACCAGUCAGGAAUCCGGCAAAGUAAGUGUAAAUUAUUUUAUUAUAUUUAUUGACUUUUAGGUAUGUUGAUCCUCCGGCCAGAAGAACUCAACCAAUCAGAAUCGAAAGGAAAAGGCCCAGGAGUCCCAUUAAAAAUGGAAAUGCGCCUAAAAGGAUUCGGACCACAGAGAAGCCAAAAGUAGACGAAGAGAUCAUCAAGUUGGAGAGGAAGCUGAGGUUUGACCUUACUGACAUCUUCACUUUGUGUAUUCAUUCAGAUAAGGCUACACACGUAUGUUUUCAUUUUAUUGGCAAGGUAUACUGUUCCAUGUAGAAUAGAAAAAUGGAAAAAUUUUUCUAUUUUUUGAAUUUAUGUUUAUGUAAAAUUAAGGUGUUAUAAGGUCCGUUUGUUUAGACAGAGAGGUUGGACUUGGUCGGUAGGAAGCUGGAAGAAUUAAGAAAUGAAAUAGAUGCUAUGCCGAAAGACAAACCAGAGAACUUAGAAUUGGAAGAAGUCGAUUGUGGUAAAUUUUGUCACAUUUUUUUUUCUUACUACACAUGGCUUUAUUAACUCAUUUUAUUUUUUUAGAGGAAACAGGAUCUGGAGACGAAGAAGAAACAGAUAAAAGGUAAGGAAGCACUGACUAAUAUUAGUUACGCGUUUUAGGCAUGACGAAGAGAAGGAAGAUGAUGACUACGACGAGGCCGAUAACAUUAUCUUAGACCAAGUUGACCAACCAGAAGAAGAGGACUCCAACGACAACAAUGUCCCUAAAUCGCCGCCCGAAGAGGACAAAGGAGGUUAGACUAGUUUUUCUACAGUUUUUCUACCUGUAUAAGUCUUGUGUGAUCUACCGGUCUGUAAAGUGAUAGUUGUCGUAUGUGAGCCGUAGUCGGUUCUCUUCUACCUUGCUGUUUAUCGGCCUCAUUUGCCUACCGUUCUACCAUUUACAAUGUUUUCAGAAAGUAUGAACGACGAACCCACAGAUUAA